AAGAAAGAAAGAGAAAAGAAGAGAGUAUGUGUAUGGAGAAUCUGUUCGCAUAUGUCUGAUUUGCGACCUGUUGCACACAAAAAUGGGGUUGCUUUAUUUGCUCUAUUUCAUUUUUUUUUCCUUGUCCGUCCUUGCACAAUUACAAUGUUCUGCUCUAAAUGCAACAUUUAUCUGGAGAAACAACCGACAUUUUUGACCCACAGGAGAAGACCAUUCGAUGCCCUGGCCGGCUUGGGUGGAGUGUCUCGGCUUGAGUCUGAAUGUUGGUUUUAUCUCCCUUUGGAAGACCUUCUCUGUGAGAUUUAGGUGUCCUUCCUAUGCUCCUAAAUGUUACGUUUCCCGUUAUAUGCACCAAAGGAAAUAAUUAAACAGUGACCCUAAGAUGGUGUGAUCUGAG